AUGGAGAUUUUGCAUCAAUUCAAACAAAAUGGUUAUUUUACGGCUGACUUAUACCAUUUAUUUGCGAAGAAAAAUCUGGUGGAUUCAUUAGAUGAGAUUAUACCGACGGAAUAUAAAAAGGAAAUGAGUAUGUCAACUGAAGAACGUCUACAAUGUUUGAAUAAUAUCGUAGUGGACAACAUUAUACGCUGUGACAAAUGUACUAACAAAGUUGUUCUAUCGUUUACACCUAGAAUAAUAGUGUUCCAAAAUUUUAAACCAAACGAUAAGAUAGUCGCAAAAUUUUCUGUAAAAAACAUAAGUAAGGGUCCAACAUAUUUAAACAUGGUAUGCAAGGAAUCUUCCUAUUUCUCAAUUAAACUCUGUGGUGGGCAACUACUGUCACGCCUUGCUCCUGGUAUAAGCGUAACAUUUGCAGUUAUAUUUCAACCAGUUCAAUACGAAGAUUAUAUACAUAAGGUUACCUUUUAUACUGACGUUGAUCAUCCUUUUUCAGUAGAACCUCAGUCAGCAUAUUUAAAUCCAAAGCAGAAAAUUGUUAUCAAAGUUGGAUUUAAAACGAUGCAUGUCGGUGAAACACAGGGGAAUUUAAGUGCCACUUUCGAAACUGGCGAAGUCUUCCGUAUAAAACUUUUGGGAUCUACGUUCACAGUAAGUAUAGAACUAGAGAAGCAAGUUGUCCGAUUCCUUGACACAUAUAACACGAUGGCAAGGCAGCAAAUAUUUAAAAUCAUCAAUAAAUCAAACCAUGUCCUCACCUACGUGUGCAUGAAGAAUAGUUGCGUUUAUAAUGAUUUUGAAGAAAAACUUAAACUGGCUACUAUAUUUUAUGAAUUAAAACAAAGCGAGUCAGCUAAGUGUAACAAAUUGGUCCACUACGAUGUGUUGAGCUGUGAUGAACACGAACGAGUUUACACAAGAAUAUUCUUCGACGAGAUACAAUCGUUGGUUGCGGAUGAAUCUUUGCUGUUUCAGAAUACACACAUGUCUGUCACACCUAUUCAAGGAAAGCUCUGGCCAAAUAAAGCAACAGAGCUUAGUAUCACAUUUUCUCCUAAGGAAAUUGGAGAAUUUGAGGCAACGGUAUAUUUAGAUGUGGAUGGCGUAAACGACCGCUUACCACUAAAAAUAGUCGGUACCUCAUUACCACCUCAUAUAACAUUGAACUUGGAAACUCUUGAUAUGGAUCGUGUUUACAUAAAUAAAACUUACAAUUACGAAAUUGUUACAAUGAACAAAGGACAUAUAAAUGGUGUGAUUGUGUAUAAACACAUACCAACGUUAUUUGGAAGCAUUAUCACGUGUACACCCGAGAUUCACUGUCUGAGACCUGGCGAUAGAGAGGCAUUCGUGAUUUCGUUCUGUAAUUCAAAUCAAGGACCUUUCUUUGAAGAAAUAAAUUUUGCCAUACGAGAAACAAAUGUCGUUAUUAAACUUUAUUUAAAAGGUGUUGUAGUGUAUCCUUCAUUAAUGUUUAGUAAACCCUGCCUUGACUUUGGAAACGUAAGUUUGGGUGUAUCGAAAACUUUAGAAUUAGAAGUUAUAAAUGAAUCUCUUGUUCACGUGGACGCAAAUGUGAAGAUAUCUUCAGACGGACCAGAAAUGCGAAGUAUAACUCUAACUGAUUAUUCUGUUGCUGACAAACCUAAGCCACCUGUGCCUCAGUGGCCGAGAGAGUUUGACAUCGAACCUCAUAAAAUAAGUAUAGGCCCCGAAUCACGGAUUUCGCUGCGGGUGACAUUAACGGCAAAUCUGAUAAGAGCUAAUCAGACCUUCCUUGAAUUGGAAUUGGAUAAAUCUGACAGUCCACCCAUAGUCUUACCUGUAACGUUCAAUGCCAAUAUUCCACUCAUAACUCCGGCGACGGAGAUCAAAUUGCGCGCUUGUUUUUUAGACUUUGCUUAUAAGCAGGAGAUUCAUAUUUUAUGUAAAGAAUUUUGGGGAUAUUUCACAUUGGAUGAGUCUGAGACAGAAUCCACGUUAGAGGUUGAUGUAGCAGUAAAAGAAGGACUAAUUGAACCAAAUAGUACUCUAAUUUUACCCGUGGCGGUCAAGACAAGCGUUCUCGGAGUUCAGGAAUAUUCUGUUCGAUUAAACUUAUUCGGCUCUACCACGCCAGUGGAAGUGUGUCAAAUAUCCGGUUGCGGGGUGCGUCCUAUCGUGACAUGUGCGCCCGCAACGUUACACUGGGGACAAGUUAAACUCUUGACGAGGACGCAAAAAAUACUGACACUAUGCAAUGAUUCCCCGGUGGCUGUCGCUUUCAAAGUUUCGUUGCUCAAUCGUGAUGGGAGGUGGCAAAUCUCUCCUAUUGAAGGACAUAUUAAUCCUGAAUCAGAGACAGAGUUAAUUGUCACUCUAUAUUUGAUAGACGCAGACAGUUAUACAAAUAAAGCUGUCAUACAGUUGGAAAAAGUUAAGGAUAUACUUGUACCACUGUCGGCAAGCGGCGUGGGAACAAGUAUUUUAGUCGGAGAUCACAGAGAUAAAGUGGUACUUGGUCGCCAUUUUACAAAAAUCCCAUUAAAUUGCAAAGUCAUUAUGGAGAACUGUGGAACCCGUAUGCAUGUGUUAGAAUGGAGCGAACAUUACAAAGCUCCUAAAACUAAACAACAUAGUGGUGGAUUUUUUAACAUGGAACCUAGAGUAUUUAAAAUGCUAGCUGGAGAAAAAAUGGAGUUAUCUAUAACUGGUUUGUCUCAUAAAGUAACAACUGUUAAGGAAAUGUGGUAUUUAGUGGGAAGCGUGGAAGGCAUAAAUAAGAAAGAGUUACUAUUGGAGUGCCAGAUUAUAGCAGAAUUCGUUGAUCCAAAGAUUGAAUUGUCAUCUCCCGUCGUUGAGUUUCAGUAUGACUAUGGUCCAUAUAGUGAAUUUUAUAAGUUAACAGAUCUUAUUACAAUUAAAAAUGUCUCCAAAUUGCCUUUGGAUUUUGAAAUUAGUGUUAAGCCUCCAUUUGCAAUAAUUCAAAAGUACGGUUCGUACAAAGUAAAUCCCGAUGAAGAGAACCUAUGUGGUUGUGUGUGCUACGACGAAAAUGAUUUAAAUAUUCCCAGUAUUAUAAAUGAAAUUGGAAAACGGCAAUCUAAAAUCUUUAUAGACUAUUUAACUUCUAAACCAGUCGAUCCUCUAAGAAAAGGACCUCUGCAUUUUUUUCAAGACAUUAACAAAAUUAAAUGGGUAUUUAAUCUUACACAUUUGAUAGAAGAAUGUUUAGAAGAUCAAGAAGUAAUUAAAAUACAGAUCUUAUUCGAUACAACUAAACACAUGUCACUUAAAUCUCGUGUCUAUUGUGAUUUGUUACGUAUUAAAUUUAAGGGACACAAAAAUAAAGAUGCGAUAAAACUGAUCGGAAAGAUCAACUUUCCGAACAUAUAUGUUUUGACUCCAAGAGUUGAUUUUCAGUGCGUAUUAAACGGAACAAUUGAAAGUAGAACUAUUAAAAUUCAAAAUGUGACUCCUCUCCUUGUUUGCUACAAGUUUAACUGGAAGAAAUGUAUCAUAAAUACAGCAACGAAUCCGAUUAGCGUAUAUACAGUGAGCCCCCAUCAUAUUGGUGAUGAAAAUGAAUUAUCAAAAUAUAAAAUAAUGAAAAAAAUAGCUCCUAUGAUAGAUACAAUAUAUGACUCACAAUUUCAGUGGAUACAUAAAUUUCCAAAAGUUAAUAAAGUUUCUUACGUCAAAAUGAAUGAUAUUCUUCAACUUGUUCCUUAUUCUGGGAUGUUGAAACCAAAUGAAGUCCAAUAUGUUAAUGUUAUAUUUAGACCAAAGUCUAAUAUAAACGUUCGUGUGAUAUUAGAAUGUGAAGUGUUAGGUGGACCACCAGAAACUAUUAUUAUUACUGGUCAGAGUUCUGAGUUGUUGUACAAAAUAAGUACCCAUAAACUUAAUUUCAAAAUACGUUCUUAUCAUGAAAAUGCUACGGAACAGUUGACCAUUUCAAACAUUGCACAGCUACCGUUUGAAUAUAAAACCUACUUAAACGAGCCGAUGUUUAAAAAUAGUCUAUAUGGGACCAUCAUUGAUCUAGUUCCGCCUGAAAAAAAAUUGGAACCAGAACAGCAAUCGGAAAUUAAAAUUGAAAUGAGACCUGGAAUAAUGGGAUAUUUUCAUCGAACUUUUCUCUUAGAAAUCGGGCAUCUUCCUUUUAUACCUAUAGAAGUUUUUGGUUGGGGCGUUAUACCUCAAAUAUAUUUAUCAUUACCACGACCAGAUAUUAUAAAGCUUGACUUGGAGGUGGGUUAUUUAGCAAUACCUACGCUUACGGAAGAAUAUUUAGAAGCGCUUCGUGAAGUAUUCUCUAGUACUACAUCCGAACAUUUAAAUACACCAUUAGUAGAAGAAUGUUUUGAAGAUCCUUAUUUUCAACUUGACUGGCAUAUAUGUUCCGCUUGGGAUGCUUAUCCUUCUGUCAUGGACAUCGAGUUGGCAAUAGAGCGAAUGCUAGUUAUUAAUCAUAUCACUUUGCAUCCAGAAAUUUUAGUUUCAUUUCAAGCAGCGUCAAAAAUUGGAUCUAUUCCUGGUUUUGCCACAAUUCCCUAUAUGAUCGACUAUGGUGUUGUAAUUACAGGAAGUACGAUACAAUGUUGUGUUGAAGUAAUAAAUUACGGACCAAUUGUAACAAAGGUACAUAUUGCCAAAAGCUCUCAUCUUCCACCUUGGUUGGCAUUGAAGUUAUGUGGGAAGUUAGGUCCUGGUGAAAUGGGUAAACUUGAAAUUAUGUUUGCGCCAACGUCAGCUGAUAUCACUGAGUUGGAGCAAAAUGUUGAAACAUUCUUUAAUUUAGAGGUUCCAUAUGGGGUGACAAUACCAGUCAAAAUAAAGGCUUUAUGUGCAGUACCUUAUUUAGUAUCUAAUGUGAGAGAAAUUGAUUUUGGUUCUGUGAGAUGUGGAGAUAAAGUUGUAUGUUCUAUUCCUAUAAAAAACAUUGGAAAACCUACGUGCAUCUGGUUCGUGACAUUAAGAUUGAAAACUCCGGGGUCAAACGUUAUGACAGUUCUUGAUAGCUCUGGAAAGUAUGAACCUGGUGAAGGAGGAUGGUUGAGUAUUGCUUUCAAGCCCACGAUAGAGAUGGCCUACGAGGGUGUUUUGAUAUUUAAAUUUCACAUGAAUCCCAACCGACUAACAAUACCGAUCACCGGUCAAGGGAUAUUACCUCAAGUGCAUAUAAUUGGACCGUACGUUAGCUUUCCACCGACGUUGCCGUGGGCAGAAACAUCUGAAAAUUAUUUCGGCAUGACAAACCCUUGUCCAUUUCCAAUCGAACUUAUAAUAGCGCAUAGUGAUAAGAAAGCUAAAAGUCCAAAAACCACUGCUAAAACAACAUCUGCAGCAAAGGAAGCAGCAACUCCUAAGAUACAUAGAACAGAAACUGAAAUUAUAAAUGAUGUAAUAAAGGAAAUGAAAGAUGCGAAUGUGGAUCCAUUAAAAGAAUGUCUCAAUGUUUUUGAUAUUACAUCGACAGACGAUGAUUCUAAAGAUAAGCAUUCCAAUGGGAUGCUGAUUUUUAUGCAUGGAUCUCCCUGUGAAGGUUAGAAUUUACAAUAAGCUCAUUUAAAUGAUAUUGCUCAUCGAAUAUGUUUUUUAAUAAAUAAUAAAAUUUCAGAAAUGCAGUGCCAAGAAAUUGCUUAUGCUAUGGGUAAAGCACUCGGACUUCCAACAAUCAACGUAGACUUGUGUUUUAUUGAGGCUUUGUGCGUUUGUAACUGCUCUGCAAAAUUUGUACUUAUUCAAGCCAUAAACGAAAUGUAUGAGAUAUCAAGAAAGAAUGUAACUAAAACUGAUUCUGAUGUAGAUGAGGCAGAUUCUGAGGUAUCUCCUGAAGAAAAAGACGACAAUUUUGAAGUGUUAUAUAAAAAGAUGGAAUUUUUGGCAAAUAAUAAAAAUGUCACUCCACGAUCUAAAGUUAGUGAUAAGAAGAAAAAAAGGUCACCGACUUCUUCAGUUAUAUCGCACACCGCUUUAGGAGCUAUAGGAUCUUCCACCAUGUUUCAAAUGGAUUUAUUUCAAGAAGUUUUGUCUGAUUACCUGAAAUUACCAAGAUUUGAUAGAGGUUUUAUAGUAGACAGCUUAACAAGUAUCGCUAUAAAAAAUCCGCCACAAGUGCUCACCACUCUCAUUAAAUGUAAACGUAAUAUAAGGAAUAUCCAUCUCGUAUUAUGUCAAUCGGACUUUAACAGAUGGGCUCAGACUUAUGAAGAGAAUCUACGAGAAGCCGAUCUGGGUGACGAGGAGACGUCCAAAGUAUACGAUGAGACGGAAAUUGCAAAAAUUGUGAAGUCGUUUGAUGAAAUGGAAGGUGAAGAAUUCGAAUCUAUAAGUCCUGAAUUAAAAUAUAUUUAUAUUAAUUAUGGUUUGGAAGAAAGACGUAAUAAGCAUUACGAAAAAGUCGGUUGUCUCAAAUUAGCAGUGUCUAAAGAUAAAAGUGCUAGAGAUCAUAGUAGAUCAGUUUUAGCUAUUGAUAAAUCAGAAUCUAAAAAGAAAAUAAAAAAAGACGAUGUUAAAGCAAAACCUACGAGUGAAUAUUUGAAUAUGAACUUGAGGUAUAACGAAUAUAUUAAAACUACAUACGAGAAUCUAAUAAAUGUUGCAAAUAAUUGGGUAUUAGAUCUUGAAGAUGUUGGUAGUCCACUAUAUGGUUUUAAUGGACAAGUGCUUAAUUCAGCUCAAAAGAAAGUUAAGCGAAAAUCUGAAGUACAAAUACAAGUAACUUCUUCUCAAACAUCAACAAGUGAGAUACCAUCUACAUCAAUCGAAAGGGUAUUACCAGAAGAAAGUCCAGUUGAUAUCGACUAUCCUGUUCCUCUGCAUAGUGUAAAAUCUUUAUCUGAUCGUGAUACACGUAUCAUUUUAUAUCCUGGAGAUCUAGUAAGAUGCAAAUAUACAUUCAGUCCGCAAAUUGAAGGAAAUUUCAAUGUCAGAAGGUUCGUUGAAGUUAGUGGAUGGCCGGAAUCACGAGUUGACAUAAUUGUAUCUGGUAUAUGCGAUUUGCCAAGGCUAGAUAAUCGGCCAAAAAAAAUGUUUGAAAAUUUUGUCAGAAGAACUAUAGAAAAUGAAGUUUAUAAAGGUGCGUAUUUAGACGAUCAAAAGAUUUUCGAUUUCGGACCUAUUUUCAUCGGAAGCAAUAGAAUAUACGAAGAAAAAUAUACCGUAGAUUUAAGAAAUUCAUCAUUGAUAACGACUGAUAUAGAAAUUGCAUUCAUUGAAGACUCAACCGUUUUUCAAUUUGACAGAUCUUUUAUGAGUUUAGAGCCUGGAUGUCGGGGAAAGUUAACAAUAAAGGCAGCUCCAACUGAAAUUGGAAUUAACACAACUAUUUUGAUGUUCUGUAUUAAAGAUAAUCCUGAAAUUGUCACUGUAACUAUAGCUUGUAGUGGAGUCGUACCUGUUGUAGAAAUUCUGCCAUUGACCAAAAUGAUAGAGUUUGGCAAACAUUUAUUAUAUCGUCGUGAAGAUGAUAGGUUUAUUGUGAAAAAUGAUUCUAUACUUCCCAUUAAAUGGAAAAUACAUAAUACAGAAGAUUUUGUUGAAGAUUUUUUAAUAACCCAAAAGACUGGAGUCGUGGCAAGGAACGACAACCAGAUCGUCCCAGUGACCUACAUAGCUUGCAGAGUUGGCGUUAUAUCUAAUAAAGCACUAACUAUUGAUAUAUACGACGCAGAAGGCCGCGGAGAUCCAAUGUUAACAGAUUCGCUAUUCUUGUCUGCCGAGUGUUAUGACGUGAUGGUAGAAUGCGCGCACGAGAACCCAAGCGAAAAUUUCCUAAAUUACGGCAAUGUGAAAGUUAACUCGACUGUAGUUCGGGAAAUGUACUUAUUAAAUCGUGGCAGAUAUAAUGUCUUCUAUAAAUUGAAAAAAGUUAAGAAUUUCCCUGAACCAUCUUUACUACGAUCAUUUGAAGCAACACCAGAGUGUGGUAUCAUACCACCUUCUUUGAAGCUUGUCAGUAUAGAAUUUGUUUGCACUCCUACUACUUCCCUAAAUUUAGUCAAUGUGCCUGCCUACAUUUGCUCUUUGCUAGACGGAAGUAAAAAUCAAGUAGUCGUCGCAAAAUUUCCCGUGUGCGUUACGAUUGCCUCUUUUUACAAUACUUUCACAUUGUUCCCUCUUGGCGAAUUGAAUUUCCAUAUAAUUCCCGUGGGAAGUGGUGUAAUACGUGAAGUUAUUUUGAACAAUACCAGUAAAUGUCCUGUAACAUAUGAAAUAGUUCUUCCGUUAAAAUAUAGACGUGAUCCUGAUGAUCCUCAACCCCAAGCGAAAUUAAAAGACAACAAAUUAAAGAAUCCACCGUUAAAUUGUGGUAAUUUUCUAAUUUACAAUGAUGACAACCUUCUCGCACCAGGCACAAGUAGAACUCUUCAGAUACAAUUUCAUGCUACGUCUGCUACAACGUUUCAAGAAACAAUUAAUUUUGUAAUAAGUGAUACUUGUCCUGCUGAAAGCCAGGGAGUUCCACUUAAGCUUGUAGGAACAGGAGCAAUGCCAACGUUAGAUUUUUGGAAUUUAGAAACAACGUUCCGUGAACAUUUAAUUGUAAAAAAUCUUUUUGACUACAAAGUUCCUGAGGAAUAUAGAGCAAUUUUAGAAAUUAGACUAAAACUAUUGCAAAACCAAGAAAAAUCAUUUAAAGUUUGCUUAAUCGGUGAAGGUGUUAUACCGAGAAUCGGUUUAAUAAGUCCUAAUUUGAGACAGAAACGAUUGGCCGUACUUAAUUUUCCGGUUACUUGCUUGGGUUCAAUUUCUCAAAAAGAAAUUCGUUUCAAAAACGUUAGUUCAGUGCAGGCAAUAGUUUCAGCACAUGUGUUAUUACCUAUAAAAGAAGAAAGACCCAUUUUCUGGCUUACAUCUGCCCCAGACAGCGAUCACAUGAUUUUAGUUGGCAAUAAUGAUAUCUCGAAUCUAAUUAUGAACGUGUUAUUAAAACCCAAUGAAAUAGUAACAUUGAUAGUUCACUAUAAUCCGAUAAAGAGCGGGAGAACGUCUUGCGAUGUGAAAUUAACAAUAUUUGAAAAUCCCUACGAAUAUUUUACGAUACUAUGCGAAGCAGAAGCCUUCAUGGAAGAUGUUAUACUAUUAGGACUGGAAAUGCUCUCUAUGGAAAUCGAUUUAAACGCUUAUAAAUCUUCAGUGGAUGGGACCGUGUCAACGGUGUCUACAGUUGAUAGCAGGAAGAAAAGUAAAAGCGCACCUGUCGAUAAGAAAAAGUCUCGGCAACUAGAUGUCAAGAAAUCUAAAAAAGUAUCACAAGCAUCUGUAAAAGCUAGCGACACAGGAACCAGCGUCGAACACUCUGUCCUCAAAUAUCUUUUAAAUUUUGGCGGCUGUGAAUUAUGUGUUGCACAUAGACGAACAGUAAUCAUGGUUAAUAAUUCUGAAAAAGUAUAUAAGUUUAAAUGGGAUAACUUUGAACAUAUUAUUGUUAAACCAGCGAUUGGAUUCAUAUCGCCGGGAGAAGAGAAGGAUUUAGAAAUCAUUUUCUUCUGUUCUCAACCAGUAGUACUGAGAAAGGAAUUUUUGAAUCUGACCUUAGUAGCUAUAAGUGACGAUUUCUUCACUUUGGACAUAAAAGCAAGUACGUGGGAUAGUCGGCAAACGGUGACAAUAUUUGACCAUAAUAGAGACGCUGAUUUAAACGAGAGAUAUGAAACUAUUGUAAACGAACAAGGUAGUUUGAUUCCUGGAUAUUUGUCUGAUGUUAUUCACAUGGUUGUUGUUUAUUCGGCUACAACGGAAUACACUAAAUACGUAUGUGGUUUGGAAGGCGAAAAGAAUAUUGAAGAUACAUUUAUUUAUCAAAUAAGGACAUUUACUUUUAAAGUACAAAACACUGGUAAAGUUUUUUUGAAAAUGGUAUGGAAUUUUAUAAUAGAUGAUGAGUAUCCGGCUAGAAUUGAUAAGUUACAAGAAGGAUACGUCGAUAAAGUUGGAACGCCAUGCGCAGUAGAACCAAAAGACCAACAUUCCUUCGUUGAAAAUGGUGAAAAUGAUCCUAGCAGAAUUACGUUGUACAGCGGUAGUAUAGGAAGAGAGAGCGUGGACACGUGGUUUGAGGCGAAUCUGCCCUUCGUAAUCGAACCAACAAAAGCAUGCAUAAAACCUAACGAGAAUAGAGAAUUUAAGGUGACCUUUGCACCAUUACAAGCAUUCCAGUAUAAUGUGAGACUGAAAAGUACUAUAGAUAAUUUAGAUCCAUAUGACCAAAAUGUAUCUUGCAAAAUUCGUGCCAAAUCGCUGGUCCCGUACGUCCAUCUAGAUAUUGAAGAGAGCGAUUAUUUAACGUCAGAAAGGAGAAAAAUAACAGGAUCAACCCUCCCGGCACACACCAGUGUGCUUGAGUUUAAUGUUCUCGGAUGGGGAUGUUAUAAAAAAUCCUUCGACGUGAUUAAUCCGACAAGCGAGGGUUAUGAAUUCAUUUUCGAAAUGGUGAUGUCCGAAAAAGGAGAGCUGGUCCCUGUACACUGUGACAAGUUAAAGGGCUAUGUUGAAGGAGGCACUUCUACUGAAGUGGUAUUUACAUUCUCACCAACAGCCCCAGGGACAUACGAAUCUCUAUGGAAGUUUAUUAUGCCGGUUCAUUCGCUGGUGGUGAAUUUACUAGUCGUUGGUAUUGUUCGUGAGCCAGAAGUAGUAUUUGUUCCUACUAUCUUGAUUAUAAAAAACUCUUUGGUGGGCUUCACUACAAAUAACGAAGUGAUAUUAAAGAAUAACGAGGAUGAAUGUUUAAAUUUCGAAUUCAAAGGAAAUUCUCUUUGCAACGAAUCUGGAAAAACUCCAGUGAUAGUUGAACCUGAAAGCGGUGUAUUAAAACCAAGAUCAGCCACUAAUAUUAAGAUAAUUUACACACCAAUUUACGACGGACCGCUUUCUUUCAAGAUAUUUUGUAGUGUGACUUAUUUGACCAAGUUGAUAACUUUAUGCGUUAACGCUUUAAGUUAUUCAAUAAAACCAAAAGUUACUUAUUAUCUAAUAGGCAACGAACAUGUACUUAGCAGUGACGCUGUCACCAACAUUCACUUGGAUCAAACUGCUUCAACUUACGAAAGAAGAAUACCAUUUACAAUUAAAAACGACGGUUCCGCGACAUUUUUCUUUGACUGGCGCUACAAUACCAGUUCAGUUAAAAAAUAUCUUCAAGUACAAAUAGAGCCCCGGAACGGCCACGUUUUGCCUGCGAAUGAAGUGGAAUGCGUCAUUCAUUUUACAUUGAAGAAAGUUCCUGUACAAGCUUUUCCUAUUACAUUAUCGAUAUCUGAUGGCCCAGAAUAUAACAUAAAUCUACAUGCAGAAAUAGAGAAGCCACUUUACUAUUUUUCGUGUAUGGAAUAUGACUUCGGUCGGUGUAUUGUAAAUGCUCCGGAUUCUACGUACAAGAAAAACAUAGCAUUUGUGAAUAAUGAUAAAGUUCCUAUUAAUUUGGACUUAAAUUUUGCAAACUUGCCGGAGCUGUUUGUAAUCUAUAACAAAGAUGGUUGCAUCGAACCCAACCAUAGGUUGAAAGUCACGAUUUACUUUCGGCCGAAGGAAGUUAAGCAUUAUGAAUUUGAGUUGCAGUUUUGGGUAAAUUCACUUUGCGAAGAAAUAAUUAGGAUUAAAGGCGAAGGUGUUCCUCUACUAUUUGAUCUUUAUGAAGGCUGUCAGAAAAGUUUCGACCUUGGUACAGUAAAAGUGGGAGAUAAAAUCGUUCGACAGAUCGAAGUUAUGAACCACAGCAAAGUACCAAUAGAUGCAUCUUUUGUAUUUAAAGUCAUAACUCCCAAUGUAGAGGACAACACUAAAUCUGAAGGCACUAGUGUGUGUCUUAGUCCUAGUGUUACAAAUCUUCAGGCUUCAGUAUUAGGCCCGUCUAGAGGAGAAAUGCUGCAACAAUACAAGGAUGAAAAAAUACGCGAACAGAUCGCAUUGGAUUCCCAAAAUUCAUUGGCAUCGUUGAAAGUGGUGCCCACUAAAUGUAUUAUUAGGCCUUACAUGAAAGUACCACUAAAAAUUCAGUUCAAGCCCAUUGGAAUGAUAAGCAAUCUGAAUGUUCAGUUGCACAUGGUGGUGUUGGAGUUUUCCCGGCCUCUGGUGCGCGUACGCGGAAGGGCGGCUGGCGCGUGCGUGUAUCUCGGUCGUAACUCGCUGCAGUUCGGACGCGUGCGGCGUCGCGGCUGCAAAGUGCUCAAGGUCAUGCUCCACAACACUGGCGACUUUGGUGCUGGGUUUUGGUGGCAACCGCUGGUGUCCGAUGAGUUUACAAUAUCGCCCAUGCAAGGAGCUAUAGCCGCGCGUACAAACGUCACAUUCACGAUAACAUUUAGACCACUUAAUCAUAAUCCAUUUAUUAAAGUUUGGGCAUGCUGCAAUAUUGAAAAUUAUAUGCCACUGGACUUAGCGUUGUAUGCUACUUGUAUCGACACGGGAAAUAUUCAGAACAAAAUGCUUUACUUCGAAUGUCCUGUUAGAGAAGUCGAUACGCAAUAUGUUGUCGUUACUAAUCCUUCUGAUGAUAUGUGGCUGAUUCUCUCAGAAAUAUCGGGCGGACCGUUUGAGACUUUGAAAGAAUUUCAAGUUGAACCUAAUUCUACAUUCGAUAUUCCUGUAUAUUUUAAACCCAAGACUAUGGGCAAGCAUGAGAGUCAAGUGCUCUACUCUCCUUUGGGCGAGAGCGCCCUGUUCGUAAGCCUGUCGGGUAACGCCGCGCCACCGCGACCCAGCGGUGCUCGAUCGCUAGUGGUGCGCGCUAAACGGGCUCAUGUGGAAGAGUUGCUUGUUCACAACAUUACUGAGUUUCCAGAAUCGUACAUCGUUUCUACGGAAGUUGUAAAAAUCAUCCCUGACAAAUUUGAAGGCUACUAUGAGAUAAAAUAUCCCGAUGUUAUAAAAGUAUGGGGAGAAGCAGCUGCGACGUGUCGAUGGACGUUCGUUUGUUAUGAGGAGUGUGAAAUGAUUAUUAAAGUCCUGUUUAUAAACGAAGUGUCUCGUGAGUACCAAUACUACGACAUAAAUAUAUCAGUGAUCGCGAGCGACAUCGUGGACACAAUCGCCUUCAAGUGUCGCGCACGCGAGUCAGAACGCCGCGAACUCGUACUCGUUAACCCACUCUCGAGGGUGGCGGAGUUCCGCGUGCACUGCGAGUCGCUCCAGUGCCCUGACACGAUCAAGAUAGGCGGAAACUCCGAGGCAGUUCUUGGAAUGUUAUAUUCGCCUCUUGUUGUGGGAGAAUCUCGGGAUGUCCUGGAAGUGAGUAACGACCUGGUCGGGUCUUACAUAUACAGCGUGGUGCUAAAGUGCCUACCAGCGAAAGUAAAAAGCUUAGAGUUUACGACCUCACUAGGUUCCCGAAUACCACUACGUCUUAGAGUCCAGAAUAAAACAGACGUCCGAGCUGAUUUUACUGCAUCGGUUACCCACGCAUCAAUAAUAACGGAAAAAGUAUAUACUUUGACUCCCUUUGAGAAAGGAAAGUUCCAGGCGUGGUUUGAACCCAUUAACCUCGGUAUCCAGCACUCUAGGGUAUCUUUUGAUUCGCCUGAAGCUGGGGAAUUCGUUUUCAAUAUUAAAGGCAUAGCAAAAGAGCCGAGGCCUCAAGGACCUUAUGACAUAAAAGUUGGUGGAUUUACAACGAUAACAUUUAAAAAUGUUUUCGAAGAGACCCGAAUGUUUAAAAUAACUGUCGAUCGAGAAGAGUUCCAAGUUAAAACUUUGUACGAGCCAGUAAAAUCUAAGAAGGAUUUAAAAGUAGCGGUAUACUUAAGCGAGCACCAAAAGCUAUCGUAUCCGCCAACCGGCUGCCUCACAAUUGAAACUUACGAGCCACAGGAACCAAAAGUUCAGUGGACGUACUUUCUUCAAGGAGUUUUGUGAU